AUGAGUUGGAUGUUCCUCAGAGACCUCCUAAGUGGAGUGAAUAAAUACUCCACUGGGAUCGGGCGCAUCUGGCUGGCUGUUGUGUUCAUCUUCCGUUUGCUAGUCUACAUAGUAGCAGCAGAGCACGUGUGGAAGGAUGAGCAGAAAGAGUUUGAGUGCAACAUUAGACAGCCUGGUUGUGAAAAUGUAUGCUUUGACUACUUCUUCCCUAUCUCCCAGAUCAGACUUUGGGCCUUACAACUGAUUAUGGUCUCCACGCCUUCUCUCCUGGUGGUUCUACAUGUAGCCUAUCGUGAAGGUAGAGAGAGAAGGCACAGAAGGAAACUCUAUGUUAGCCCAGGCACCAUGGAUGGGGGCCUAUGGUACACUUAUCUGAUCAGUCUUAUUGUUAAAACUGGUUUUGAAAUUGGCUUUCUUCUUUUAUUUUAUAAGCUGUACGGUGGUUUUAGUGUUCCCUACAUUAUGAAGUGUGAUUUGACACCUUGUCCCAACACUGUGGACUGCUUUGUCUCCAAACCCACUGAGAAAACUGUCUUCAUCUUCUUCUUGGUCAUUGCUUCAUGCUUGUGCAUUGUGUUGAAUUUCAUUGAACUGAGCUUUUUGGUUCUUAAAUGCUUUAUAAAGUGCUGUCUCCAAAAAUGUUCUAAAAAACUAAAUUCCUCAGUAUGUGAGGACUACAACCUCAGAUAUGUUGAAUGUGGUGAGACAGGUGUCCCUUCCCUACUCCACAAUCAUCACUCAAGCUUGGCCAUAGACACACUCCAGAAACCUGAGGAAAAGCUACUUUAUGACACACGAGAUGAGGAUUAA